UGUGCUGCUGUUUUUCUGCCGCCACCAUUUUAGCUCACUUUAAAGUUUAAACAAUACACAACUUGUUUGGAUUGAUGGUUCUGUACAUGUUAAAUGUAGUUUAGUCUUUUUAAUGUUACUGUGAAGCACAGUUUCUCUGUUUGAGCAGUACCUGUGGAGGUUGAACUUCUCCAGUUUCAUCGCAGUACUUUAUUACGUCGCAAAGCACUCAAGAGCUCGGAUCAGGACUGCAAGCAACAGUGUCAUCAUUUAUUCACCCCCACUGAUGAAGCAGCAUGGAUGAACCUCUCACUAUGGCAUCACGUCACAAUGCCACACUUAUAAAUCCAGGUCCUCCAGCGCUUUACCAACUGAAAACUGAAAGAAAAUAUAUUGAUGGGACUAACAGAAAGGUCAGACGAUGGACAUACGGACAAAAAGAUAGAAACAAGCAGAACAAAGUCAUACUGAUGGUGGGAGAAACCGGCGCUGGGAAAACAACCAUCAUCAACACCAUGAUCAACUACUUACUGGGAGUGAAGUUUAAAGAUCAAGAGUUUUCUCAAAUCACAGAAGAAGAAGAAGAUAUAAAUGAAUCACAAUCCCAUGCACAUCAGAUGACUGUUUAUGAAGUGUUUGUUGAAGAAAACCCAACAUCUCUGACCAUCAUUGACACUCCAGGAUACGGAAACACUGAAGGAUACGAGAAAGACCGAGAGAUUUCUGAGUAUCUGAUGAGAUUAUUUUCAGAUGAGGAUGGGAUUCAUUAUAUUGAUGCAGUGUGUUUUGUGAUGAAGGCGUCUCAGAAUCGACUCUCUGAAAAAGAGUUUUACAUCUUUCACUCAGUUCUGUCUCUGUUUGGUAGAGAUAUAGAGGAGAACAUAGUGUUUCUACUCACAUAUUCAGAUGCAGGACCUCCAACAGAUGCUCUUAAUGCCAUUAAAACAGCAGAAAUACCCUGCAGAAGAGAUGAGAGAGAAAAACCUGUUCACUUCUUAUUCAACAACCAGCAGAAACAGCAAAGAGACAAGCAGUAUGAACAUGCAUUCAGAUCAUCAUGGGAAAUGGGAGAGAGAAGCUUGAAUGAGUUCUUCACACUCCUGGCUGAAAAGAACAGAAAAAGUGUUGUGAUGACAUCAGAUGUUCUGAACGAGCGAAGACGACUUGAGGCCUGUGUGUCUUAUCUGAAGGAGCAAAUUAGUGAGAAAGAGUUAAAAACGGAAGAACUGAAUAAGGUUAAGGAAGCCAUCAUAAAGAACAGAGACAAAAUUAAAAAAUUUGAAAACUUUCCGUUUACAGUCAAAACAGCUGUGAAAGAAAACGUCUCCACUGAAAAUGAAUGGUGGUGGAACAGAAAUGCAACCUGCUGCUCCGACUGUGAGGAAAACUGUCAUGAGCACUGCUCAGAUGAAGAACCUUCAAAGUGUUCAGUCAUGAAAAACAAUCAAUGCACUGUGUGUACAGGAAAGUGUCAUUACAGCAAACAUGUUAGAGAGAACAAAAAAUAUGUGACAAAGACAAUCACUUUGACAUUUGUUGACUUGAAACAGGAGUAUGAACACACUGGUGAAAAGCCUAAAACCAGCUUUCAAAAAUACAUUUUUGAAAACAUUACAAAGGAACAUAAAAGUCACAUGACAGAGUUUCAGAAUAAAAUAAAAAUAGAAGAAAAAGUGAAGAGCGAACUUGAGAAGAUGAAAAAUGAAAAGUCCAAACUGCUUCAUGAAGCUUAUGUGACAGUCAUGAAUCUGUCAGAGAUUGCACUUAAAUCAGACAGCGCUUUCACUCUUCAACAUCUGGAUUUCUUGAUUCCCAGACUGAAGGAGGAGGGAAAAGAUGAAUGGAUGAAGAACCUGGAGGAUCUGAGGAAAGCUGGAGAAGAGAGGAAGAACAAAGGGGCUUUAUGUCACGUCAUGGAAUUUGCAGCGGCAUCAUCCACUCAUGACCGCCGGCACAAGAGCUUGGAUGAACCUCCCGAAAUAAUAGCCGGAGUCAUUCGUCUCAGAGAUGAAUUUAUUGAGCUCUAUGAGAGAGAUCACCUUGAACUACAACAGUGCACAGAGAGACUGCACAGUAUUAUCGAAGAAUUUGAAGAAGGUUACAGACGUUCUCCUGAAGCCUCCAGAGAUGCAGGAUGGCUGGGAAUCUGUGGAGGUGUUGCUCUGUUUGCAGGCAUAGUUGCAGCUCCAUUUACUCUGGGAACUUCUCUUCUUGCUACUGCUUAUGUUGUUGUCACAAGAGUACUGGCACUAAGAGCUGCUCGAUUUUCCCGUGGAAUAAACAGCUCUAAUCAAAUGCCGCAGAUGACAAAAUUAAGACAAGACAUUGAAGUUGAACUGAAAGAAUUUCAGGAUAAAAUCAAGCCUAUGAUUGAAAAGAUGAACAAAAUUAAGCAUACUGAGAAAAUAUUAAAAGAGCAAGAUGUCAUACAGAUAGAAGAUGUUGUUGAAUUGACUGCACAGAUGUCUGCAAAUAUGCAUUCAACUGCAUCACUAGCAGCAGAUGUUGGCAGAUUUAACUUUGUGCUUGCUAUGAUCUCAGUUUUAAAAAAUACCAGUGUGCUCAAAGACAUGAAGAAACUAGCAGAAACACCCAUAGAUGAAGAAAUAGACGAAAGUGGGAUGACAUCAAAGGUUGGAAAAUUCAUUGUUGAAAUGAAGAAAUUCAUUCAUCAGCUACAGAACAUCACCAUUAAACUUCAGAAAGCAAAAGACAAAAUAGUAAUUUAUUAGGAUAUAACGUGACAAAAGGAAAAUGGCACAAUUGAGACACAUACUUGAUUCAGUUAACAACAGCUAGUGACCAACAUCUCUCUGCUAUGAAUCAUAAUCAUUAAACAGGAUACAACCAUAUAGGAUGUGUUAUGUAAGCCGCUAUGCACGCUGUGUAUGUGCGUCAUGUUUAUGUAUGUGUGGUAGCGUUGUGUGUUCAAGAUCCAAUUGGUCCCUCAGCCUCAGUCUUUCUGAUGACAUUCACGCUGCCAAACACCUUUCAACACCCAGUUUUAAAAGCCUGUGUAUCCCCCAGUUGUUUUGCUCAAUUUGCUUUCGUUAUACUGCUCUUUGCUUGUGUGUGAUUUGUUGCUCUGUUUUUGUUCUGAGAUUGUUUUCUGCAUAUUUUACGUGUGCUUAAUACUUGUUAGAAGAGUCCUUUGUUGUUGAUUUGUUUGUACAGUGUAUAGUUGCGUUUUACUGUUCAGUCUUUCCAGUUAUCACGUUGUGUGUGAGGCUGGGAAGGUGCGUGCAGGUAAGUUGGUCACGCGACAUACACUGUGCAACACGUAGGACAUUUUCCCUUCUGUAUUAGACACACUAGGUUUUGGAGAAAGUGCCACCCUCUGUAUGUUUUUUUCCGCUGUUUUUCGUUAGGCCAUGUAGUUUAGUUAGGGUGUUUCUACUCCGAAGAUCUUUUUCUUUCCACAUUUUCUUUUUGGUAGUUAGUUUAGUUUGUUAAAACCCUCAUCCGUCCCUCGGGUCAUUUUGACCCAGAAAUGAUUUUCAAAAAAAUUCUAAAAAUAGUGUUGAUCGUACCAGUCCAAGAUUUCUUUACUUUUGUCACACUUGC